CGUCCAUCUGCUCGUUUACCUGCUUUCGACGCUCUUGCCGUUAUGGGAAAGCAUACACUGUCCCCAGCACCCCUCCCCCCUCGCAAGCGCGCGCAAACCGUAGCCCAUCAGACCCCGCAGACGUCCCCAACGCUCACCUUCGAGACCGCGCUAUACGACGAGCUCAUACUUCUCUGCUUCUCCUUCCUCUCCUACCGGGAUCUCUGCCUCUCGCAAUCGACAUCCAGAAACUGGGCGCGCCUAUCCGCCGACAACCAUCUAUGGAAGGGGCUCUACCUCCACACCUUUGGCCGCGCGAGACUGCGGGGGACGAGGGGCUUUAUCGGGCGCACUGACGGGCGGGAGGUGCGCCCCCUUCCCGGGAGGGCGGCGAGGGGAGGCGCAGGGAGGGAGAAGUACGUGGACUAUAGGGACUGGAAGUGGAUGUUCCGCAUUAGCGCGAACUGGAAGUCUGGGCGCUGUGUUGCGGAGCGCUUGCACCAUCUGUCGCCUCCUCUUGCCGGGUCGAGCGGGGAACUACAAGCGUCUACUGCGUCCCGCUCGAAAGCACCAGCCCACAUUUUGCUUGCAGGCGCCUUGACGAUCACGGCCUCUGCGUCUUCGCCAACCCCCACAAUUAGACUCCAAAGCCCUACCGCGCAGCAUACCAUAGAUUGCUGGCCAAGUCAAGUCAGCGGUCCACGACCUCCGGACCCCACCUCUGUACACAUCACAGCUCUCGCCAUGGACCAGUCCGCUCCUGUCGCAGGUCACAUCCGCAUCGCCGCCUUCCUGUCCAACGGGGGCAUGCAAGUGUAUUCCAUUGACCCCGCACACCUCUCUGCAGCACGCCGCUGCAUCACCUAUACGCCCCUUCGCCGCGCAGAGCGCACGCAGCAGGCUGCUUACCACCAUCCGCUGCUGACGACGCUGUCGCAGUCGUUUGACUUGAACGUCUAUGAUCUGUCGGGUGCGACCGUGCGGAGGGUCGAGUCGCUUUCGAGCUUCACGUCGUACCCGCCGAGCUCGAUGGUGCUGUCGGCGGUGUCAGUGAGCGCAAACAAGCUCUCUUCCUUUAGUGUUGAAGCGCCGUCUUCAUCGCGCGCUGGGCAGGCAGUCUCUGCGAGGAUAGCAACUCUAUCAAGAGCAGUUGUUCCUCCUGCGCGCGAUGCCACCGACCCGCUCGAGGAUUCGGUAUAUUCAUCAUCCCCCGCCGCCUAUAAGCUCGUUCUCUCCUUCGCCGUUCCCGUAUUCCCCUCUCACUGGUCCCUCGGGUCCACUGAGAUCAUCCUUGCCGGACCUACACCAUCCAGCCCUUCCCUUCCCUCCGCCGCUUCUAUGUUGCACACCGAGCCCAGCGCGCCACCCUUCACCAUCACCUCUACGCGCACCGCACGCGCGCUGGACGUACCUCAGGGCUUCGUCGACCAUACCAAGCUUCGCGCGAUGCGGGCUCAGUGGAGCCGGAAGGUCGUCGCUGUCGCCGAUACGGCUACAGACGGGCGCUGGGUCGUGCUGGCUGGCGGGGAACCUUUGCCUAGUGGUCCCUCGGUCAGCGCUGCUCAAGGUCCCCCCUCAUCAUCUUCGCCACCGUCGUCUCCCUCAUCUUGCCCCUCAUCACCUCCGACAUACGUGACAUCACCGCCAGUUCAGCUGUACCGCCUCUCGUUGCCUUCCUCCCCUUCCACCCCCGCGAAGCUUACCUUCGUGCGACAUCUCUAUGGUGCGGAAGGUGCGCUCUCUGCACUUUCUCUGGCCGAUGGGCGUUGCGUUGCACUGGGCGCGAAUGGCCGCGUCUGGGUCUGGGACCUCGAGGGCGGGAGCGACGGGGUGGAGGUGGGCGCCGGUGAGGUUGAAGAAGAGGACGUUUCGGGUCUGAAGGGCACGGUCGCGUUCGAUGAGCGGACGAUUGUUACUGCGAACGCAGCUGGCGUGGUGGUGAGGAGGUUGGAUGUGUAGAAGGUGGAGUGUGACAAGUUUCCGAGUCAAUGUACGUUCAUGUUUUCCUAGAUGACCCCCCAUGUACCAUGUAUCCCUGUUCCUCGUAUCUUCAUCCUUCCAAUCAUCUCCGUUCAUCUCUUUGACUGUGCCGGAUAAGAUUGCGUCGGGCAUGGCCGCCAUGCUCCUAUUCAAUGGCUACGGGCAUGCCUUGGACGUCUGUUGAUUGGAACGUGCUAGUCGUGCUUUACCGAAACCUUCACGACUCCAAGCGUGAGCUCGCAUAUGAUCUGUACGUCUGGAAUGGUAGGCCAGCCCGAUGUUGAUGUCAAGUAAACUCCCCGCCCGAAACCCAAGCACAUAACUGUCCUG